GCUGGGCGCUCGAGAGGGGCUCGCUUUUCGCCGGUCGCCCGCUCGGUUCUCCUUCCGACAAUGGACCUGAUCGGGGCCCUGGAUGUGGGGGAUUUGGCGGCCGCCUUCGCCCAUCUGCCUGUCUUCCCCGUCUUCGACUUGGGCUACUUCGUAGUCUCUCUCCUCUACCUCAAGUAUGAGAAAGGUGUGGUGGAGCUGUCCCGGAACAGCCCGUUGGCCUCUUGGGUCUGUGCUAUGCUGUAUUGCUUUGGCAGCUACAUCCUUGCUGAUCUCCUGCUUGGAGAAGCCCCUAUUGAUUAUUUCAGCAACAACUCCAGCAUACUUCUGGCCACAGCUGUUUGGUACCUAAUCUUCUAUUGCCCUAUGAACUUAUUUUACAAGUGUGUCAGCUUUCUGCCUGUCAAACUGAUUUUUGUGGCAAUGAAAGAGGUAGUCCGAGUUCGCAAGAUCGCUGCUGGUGUUCAUCAUGCCCACCAUCAUUACCACCAUGGUUGGCUCAUUAUGGUCAUAAUUGGAUUUGUCAAAGGUUCUGGAGUUGCCUUGAUGUCCAACUUUGAGCAAUUGCUACGUGGUGUCUGGAAGCCAGAAACAAAUGAAUUCCUUCAUAUGACCUUUCCAUCCAAGGCCAGUCUGUAUGGAGCAGUGCUCUUCACCCUUCAGCAAACCCAGUGGCUUCCCAUCUCCAAAGCAACCCUCAUCUUCUUCUUCACUAUUUUUAUGAUCAUCUGCAAGGUGUUUUUGACAGCAACUCACUCCCAUAGCUCACCAUUUGCCCCUCUGGAAAAUGUGGUGUGCCCCGUCCUCUUUGGCUCUGCAUUUGCCAGUCAUGAUAAUCACCACCACCACCACCACCACCAUGGAGGAUCCCAGGAGCCAUCCCUUCCAUCACCACCUCAGAUGCCAGCCAAAUCAAGGGAGGAGCUCAAUGAAGGAACCCGGAAACGGAAAGCCAAGAAGGUGGAAUGAGCAUCAAGAAGGCUGACAGAUCCAUCUGAACCACCAAAACUUUGCUGCAUACCUUGUGUGACUUAUUGCCUUCCAAAGACAUGGUUGGAGGAGGCUCCCAGGAAGAUCAGUCCUCUUCUUCUGGCCCCUGCCUUGGUUUUCCUGGCCUGUCACCUGUGAGGCGCAGAACUAAUGUCCAAAUGGACCUUUCAUUACAGUUUCUAGCUCCGCCUUUCUAUUGGUCUCCUCCCCUUCCUAAGCCACACCAAUGGAAAAGCUGGGAUGUAUUUUGGUGUCUCCUCCGUAUGGCAGAGAGAGAGAGAGAGAGCGCUUCUUAGCCUGCAAAACAAUCCAGGGAUCUGCACUCAGGCCAUCAUUACAGGACUCUAAGGCCAGUGAUAUAUUUCAAGGGCAGAGAGACGUUCCAAAUGGAGUGACUGUCAUUUCACUCUCUACAUCAACAUUUUGGAUGUCUUGUUUGGUUGCCAUUUGUAUAAAGGCCUUGAGCAUAGGAGAAGACCAUUGCUGCUGCUGCUGCUGCUGCUCUUUGGGCUGUUAAUAUAUGUGCAUUUGUGUUAGCAUGUUGCCAUUUGUAUAUACCUCUCCAAAAUUUGAUAAGCUUUGCUGUAAGGAAGGAAACCAAAGCAACUACUGAGUGUUUCAAUCCUAGCCUCUUUGCCAAACACUGUGAGAGAUGGACAUGCAUGUAAAUUAUUUAUUGAUUGAUGCUCCUUCCCCCAAGAUAAUUAUUUAUUGUUGCCUAAGGAUUUUAAGCAGUUUGCUUUCUCCUACUAUGCCUCUUCUGCAAACAGUUGGGUUGUUCCUACUGAACUGAUUUGGAUUCUGUUGUUGUUUUCCUCCUUCGAUUAAGAGCUGAUAAAAGUGAGGGGCUAUUGGCAGAGGUGAGAAUUAGCUUCUAGCAGCUAUAUAAGCCUGUAGGAGGCCUAAAGAAUCCCUGCCUAUGAGUUAUGGUAUAUCUACAGAUUUUGUCUAGAAAGUCAAAGCUAGACUAUAUGAAUAAUGGAGCCAUGGUGAGCACCUGCAGAGUUCCCUUCUUGCACCAGAGUAGUCAGCUGCCAGCUCCUGAGAUUACAAAGAAGACUUAAACUCUAAUUAGAGCAUAGAAGGAGACUUUGAUUGGGGCAUUGACUAUCACAGGACUUCCCUUACUUAUCAUUUAGCUCUGACAAAAACAUGCCACUGCAAGUUCUUUUUUUUUGCUAUGUCCUCAUGAUGUUGCCUUCACCUUCACCACCACACAUCCCGAGGCAACAAAGUCGUCCUUAGGUGGUCCAGUGUAAAAGUGAUGUUUUCCUCCUUUUAAGCAACAGUUUUAUUGUAUGGUAGGUGCCAUCUGGCACCGUUCACCAGCCGUUCUGUCAGUAGUGCUUCCAGAUGACCUACUGUAUAUGGGUUGAGGUCAGCCAAGCACCUGUUGACCAUUUGAAGUAGCACACCGUUACUCUCCCUAUCAAGUCCCCAGGCACAGCUCUCCAGGACGAUCCUAAUCUGGACAGCAGACGGGUUUGGUUCUUUCGAAUGGGGCUCUUCCACUUUAUGCACAGGGCCAAUCCCCGACUAGUAGCAGCGGUGGGAAGGGCUGCACUGUGAAGCAGGAGAGAGAGAGAGAGAGGAAUGGCUCUCACUCUGCUGCACUUUUCAUCCUCUGCUCAACUCAAGUGAGAUGGGCGGCAUAUAAAUUUAACAAAUAAAUAAAUAAAACUAUGCCUGGCAGCCGUUUUUUCAAACUGCCUUUGAACGUGAGUUUAUUCUUCUUCUCAAAGAGCACUAAACCCAUGUUCUAAAGCAGACCGUACAAGAGUUGAUAGGUGCAGGUAAGUUAUGCUCUGGAAUGUCAUAGACUGGAAGGCAAUCCCACAAGUACCAGAUUUGAUGGCCGAUGUUUUGAUAUCAGCCAUUUGAGCUGAUCCAGGUUUCCAAACCCAGGAAGACCUGGUGAAUAAGGAGGCUCCUCUUUCCUUUCUUCUGCUACCUCUUGCCAUUUAGGUAAUUGAUCCUCCCCCAGUUGGAAGAAGUGACAGAUAAAAGGGGGACAAAUUCUGGCAAAUGGUGAACCUGCAGAUCUAGUAGUUCUAGUUUGAGAUCAGCUCAAACCAUUACCAGUCAUAACGAUGCUGUGAGUAGGAGAUUGUUUCCCCACAAGUUGGUUAAGUUGUGAAGGUUGGACACCACUCUCCAGCUACAGACCAGAAUAAAGACAAUGGGGCAUAGCAAUGGGAACAGAUGCCAAAGUAGCUUUCUGUUGGCUCACAGCAUUUUAAUGGACCUAUAGGGAAGUUGCCCAUGAGUGGUGAGGAGUGGAAAUAGCUAUCCAGAAAUAGAAAGUCCUGGCUUUCCUUUUCUCCUUUUGGGGACAAUUGUCUCCUGUUGGACAUCGGCAAGAGAAGGAACUGAUUGACAUGAAGAAGCAGAAGAGCCUUGAAGAACACGUCCUUCUCCAAGAUGUAUGCUUCUUGGUUAAAGAUACAUCUCAUUAAAAAGUGCCUUUUCCUUAGCAAAUCUCUGCCCCAGCCCUUUUUUCUUUUCCCCUGGAUUUUUAUCCAUGACUAGAACAGCCGUGGUUGUUUUGUGGAUAUAGCCAUUCUUAAAAUAAAAGCCCUCCAUGAUGUAACUGAAUGGAGAAUGAUGC